AUAGAGUAGUGGCUUUUACACGUCAAGUUUCAACGAACCAGUGAAGAAAGGGAUUUGAAGAAGAAGAAGAAGAAAAUCAGAGAUGGCGAAAGAGCUUGAGAACAAAGCCAAAGAAGCGUUCUUCGAUGACGAUUUUUCUCUAGCCGUUGAUCUCUAUUCUCAGGCCAUAGAACUCGAUCCUGCCAACGCAAAUCUCUUCGCCGACAGAGCCCAAGCACAUAUCAAACUCAACGCUUUCACUGAAGCUGUUUCUGAUGCUAAUAAGGCUAUUCAAUUAAACCCUACUUUAUCAAAGGCUUAUAUCCGCAAGGGGACUGCUUGUAUUAAUCUUGAAGAAUAUCAUACUGCUAAGGUAGCACUCGAAAAGGGUGCUUCGAUUGCUCCCGAAGAAUCUAGGUUUACCAAUUUGAUUCAACAAUGUGAACGCUACAUUGCUGAGGAGUCAGAUAGUCUUACUGGUAUCCUACCACCAAAUGGACCCAAAACUUCUGCACCAUCUGUUGAUGAUGCCCAUGUGUGUAAUAAAGGUGAUGAAACAGGAACAUCCAAAGAAUCUCAAAGAGACAGUUCCGCAUCCGAAACAAACGAAGUUGCUCCAGUCAGACCAAAAUACAGACAUGAAUAUUACCAGAAGCCCGAAGAAGUGGUUGUGACAAUAUUUGCAAAAGGAAUACCAGCAGACAAUGUUGUUGUAGACUUCGGUGAACAAAUUCUGAGUGUUACCAUUAAUGUUCCUGGCCAAGAUGCCUAUCUUUAUCAACCUCGGUUGUUUGGAAAGAUAAUACCUGCUAAGUCCAAAGUUUUGGUGUUGUCAACCAAAAUUGAAGUUCGUCUGGCAAAAGCUGAAGCUAUUAAUUGGACAUCUUUGGAAUAUUGCAAGGAUGUGGCUCCCCAAAAGAUAAGCGUGCCUACAAUUCAAUCUGAAAGGCCUACAUAUCCGUCAUCAAAGUCAAGGACCAAGGAUUGGGAUAAGUUGGAAGCUGAAGUGAAAAAAGAGGAGAAAGAAGAAAAGCUUGACGGCGAUGCUGCUUUGAAUAAAUUGUUCCGUGAUAUUUAUCAAAAUGCAGAUGAGGACAUGAGGAGGGCCAUGAGCAAGUCUUUUCUGGAAUCAAAUGGAACAGUGCUAUCAACUGAUUGGAAAGAAGUGGGAUCAAAGAAGGUGGAAGGAAGUCCUCCAGAAGGCAUGGAGGUGAAGAAAUGGGAGUAUUGACUGGGUCAUAUAUGCUUAUGCUUUUGUUUAGCUUUUGUUUUUUGCACAGCCAAUUUGUCUGCAAUCUCUUGUCAUUAGUUUCUAUUUGUUUUUUUGUAUGAUAAAUUAUUUUUCUGGGAGAAUUGACUAAUUUGCAUUUGCUGGAGAGGUGGAUUUUAUUCUCUUGAUCUUUUGUUGAUUAUACUUAUCGGUUAACUUCUGAUGAUACCCAGACUUGUUUUAUUUUAUAUUGACAUUGGAACUCAAAUCUUGUAAA